GUCAGGAAGGGAGGAACUUUUCUAAGUGAUUUUGUAUUUUACUGUUAUAUUUUUUCCGUAAAAAAAUCUUUAUCUUUAUUUUCAACGAAUUUAUAUUACACUGUGAAUUUGGGUUGCGAGCCCAGAUCAAAUAUAAUUAUAGUUAUAUCGUUAUAAAAAUAAUUAAGAUAUAAAAGUUUGCGGAAAAGAGUAUAGCAAGAAACGGCAACAAAAUCCCAGCUGCUCCGAUAUCACUGAUGGGGAAAACAAAGAAAGAAUUCGCAGAUUAAAGGAAAUAAGAAAUCAAUAAAAUUGACUAGACAAAAUAAAAUGGUGAUCAUCUAUUAAAAAUAAAUAUUGAUGUAAAUGUGAAAGGCGAUAAAGUUCAUGCUAUAUCCAGCUACACUGGGUGUCCCAAAUUAAUAUCUUUCACAUAUGUUAACACGUGUAUAUAGAUAAGACAGACAUAUAAUUUGCCAGUGUAAAGUGUUCAAAUUUUUAAAGACGGUUAAAAGGCAACUCAAUAUAGACCAGUCGAGCAAUUAUUUGUUUUUAAAAAUAUUACGCUGCAUUGUCGUCGACCCCACUGACACUUCCUUCAAUGUCGUCUACUAAUCAACCGUUGGUAAAUAUAGAAAAUGUCGAUUUAAUCAGCACACUAUCUGAAGAUGAAGCUGUCGCUGCAGCAGCAGCUGCUUCCGUGUCAGUCGCGCCGGGAUCAGGCGCCUCUGUAGGUUCAAUGAAUGGAACACAGCUUGUAACACAAGUAGAGAUAAAUACAAUCGGACUGAACAAAACAAAGAAGAAAAAGAAAAAAUCAAGGAAAAAGUCACGGCGAGAGCAUAUAUUGUUAUCAGUCGACGAUGAUUCGGAUGAUGAUGAAGAAGUUGAUGUCUAUGACGUAGACGUAAACGGUGGAAAGACCAACGGUCAUAUUAGUGAUAUUGGUGGCAAUUUUGCCAAUUUAUACGGCGAUGUGGAUGAAAAUGAUAAGGUAGUUACCAUCGGUAACGGCACUGCUACCGAUGAGAGUGAAUUUUUCAACUCGCUCAACGGACAGUCGCAUCGUAUUCAUCAACCAAAAAAACAACAACAGCAUACAACGCAACAACUUUUGUUUUUAGAAGAAAACCCAGCGCACAAUAAUAGCAACACAAGCAAUUUCUUUUCGCUCUCAUCUAAUACAUCGCCAGUUUCAAAUAAUGGACUAGUUGUUACCACUACAGCUCAGCAUCAGCGUGCUAGUAGUAGUGGUAGUCAAAAUGGUAUAUUCAGUAGUAGCAGCAGUACAAGUAGCGUGAGCGGGAGUAAUAAUAUUGCUCACAUUUCCCCACAAUAUGGCAGUGGAGAAACAUCUCCAACACAUCAAGCUGAUGUAAAUCAGCGUGUAUCGCCAUUGUUGUCGCCAACAUUACCUUCAGUGACAGCGACAUCGCAUAAUUUUCAAACGAAAAGUAAUCAGCUGGUAUCGUCGACUCUACAUCGUCAUUACGACAGUGCUGACGACGGUGACGAGAUCUGUCUGGUGCCAGAGGUAGAUUACGAGGGCGCUUCCAUAAUGGAUGCAGGAAGUGAUAAUCGGGAAUCGCAGCCAUUGCUCGGUGGACAUGGAUACAGUAGCAGUAGCGGAGGUCGCGAUCGCAAUGAACUGACGGUCAAUACCUUUAUGGAUGAUCCCGCAUUCAAUGAAGUUGUAUUGCAAGUGGAAACGGCCAUUACUGCCGGUGUUAUGCCAGAGCGCAUCUAUCAGGGCAGCAGUGGGUCGUAUUUUGUAAAGAACGCAGAAGGUAAAAUCUUAGGUGUGUUCAAACCAAAGGAUGAGGAGCCCUACGGACGAUUAAAUCCUAAAUGGACCAAAUGGAUGCAUAAGUUGUGUUGUCCCUGCUGCUUUGGACGCGCCUGUCUGAUACCGAAUCAAGGUUACUUAUCAGAGGCUGGUGCCAGCUUGGUAGAUCGUAAAUUGCAUCUAAAUAUUGUACCAAAGACCCGUGUUGUACGGCUGGUGGCCGAAACUUUCAACUACGCACGCAUAGAUCGGCAGAAGGCAAAACUAAAGCGACGCAUCAAAGAACACUAUCCUUCGGCACAUUUCAAUCGCAUGAGUCUGCCACUUAAGACUGGUUCCUUUCAGCUGUUCGUUGAAGGUUAUAAGGAUGCCGAUUUUUGGUUACGUCGCUUCGAACAAGAGCCACUCACCGCAAAACUCGCCAACUCCUUUCAGCUUCAAUUUGAACGUCUCGUUGUACUCGAUUACAUUAUACGUAAUACGGAUCGUGGCAAUGACAAUUGGUUAAUACGCUAUGUACGACCUACAGGCACUGCAAAGAUUUCCGCUAACGGUGGAGGAUUGCGUGAGAAAUCCAUCAACGUGUCCGAACAAACACCACAGAAACAGGAAGGCGAUCAGACACCACAAAAUGCUAACAAGUCGGAUGUCAAUAAAUUAGACUCAACGGCACAGAAGCAAGAUUCCGAGCCUACCACUCCCAAUUUUGAUGUAGCCAGUGCAAAUAAACCGACUACUAGUCAAUCAGCUGAUGCGACAACAGAAGGCGCGAUUACAAUUGCGGCAAUCGAUAAUGGGCUGGCUUUCCCAUUCAAACACCCCGAUUCGUGGCGUGCCUAUCCGUAUCACUGGGCAUGGUUGCCACAAGCGAAAGUGCCAUUUAGUGAAGAGACGAAAAACCAUGUGCUGCCAUUAUUGUCCGAUAUGAAUUAUGUCGAGGAAAUUUGUACAGAAUUAUUUUAUUUAUUUCAGCAAGAUAAAGGUUUUGACAAGCGUCUCUUCGAACGUCAAAUGUCUGUGAUGCGUGGUCAGAUAUUGAAUUUAACUCAAGCGCUUAAGGAUGGUAAAUCGCCAGUGCAGUUGGUGCAAAUGCCAGCAGUAGUGGUGGAAAGAUCUCGCGGUCAAAAUAGUCGGUUCUUUUCGUUCACGCAACGCUUUCAAAAUAAGAGUCCUUUCUUCUCAUGGUGCUAACAUGAGCGUAACAGCAGCAAACCAUGCACUCAUUUUAAAAGUUGGCGAAACAAUGAAAAAAUGGAUUAAACUUGCGAAGCGCUUCAAAAGUUGCCGGCUUAAAAUCGAAAUAACAACUUUAAAUGGUUGAAUUAUUUCACUAUGUGUGUCUGAAUAAUCGAGGACUGACUGUGUUCUUACUCACUAAGAUGCUUUGCCAUUUAGUGAUACUUUUGAUAGGCUUACACACAUAUACACAGCUCUUUGAAGUACAUACCCACGUACUUACUGUUUGUUUUUUUUAGUUCUAAUAUUGUACAUACAUACAUAUAUACUAAAUAUGAGAAUAUGUGUAAAGCGAAGUACUAUUUUUAUGAAAAUUUUUGUAUAUUUUCAUAUUUGCUUAAUUUUAAUUUGAAAUUGUUAUCACUUUAGCUGAAAGAAGUUAGGAUGUACAUUGCAUAAUGUUAUUUACUUAUUAAACAAAGAAAAGCUUUCGUUUAUUCAUAUAUAAAUAGAUAUAUACAUCCACACAUAAAUACUUACUGUGUACGUAUAAAUACAUGCGGCCAUAUUAUUUAAUUCAUUGUGCUAUUUUCACUUCAAAGUUGAUUUUUUUUCAAAAACUCCCUUUUGAAGUGAAUUGAUUUGCACCGAGAGCUAUAAUAUGUCUGCUUGUUUUAUGCAUUGCCAUUCCAAUAGUAAUAAAAAUCAAAGUUUAAAGCAGGUAUUGCAAAAUUUUAUUUUAUGUAAAAAGAAAUAAAUAUUUGCUUGAAAUGUCGUGAUUCCUCUUAGUUAUCAGCGGGAACUGGCGUCCUUCUAUGAUUUAGAGACGCUAAAGUCUAUGAAUUAUAAUCUAUCAAUCGCACUCCUUCAUAUCCACCAUUUCAUAGUACG